AUGGCUAAAAUUUUGUUUAGACAAUGCUUAUACUUAGUUCGACGGCAGAGCGGUAGUGUAGCUCGAAAGGAAUUUUCUGGUAAAAGUGAUUUGAAAUUCUCUUCGAAAGCAAGGCCUCCAAAAAGGUCUAGGGUUGUGACCGACGAAGCGACCAAGUUCGACUGGAAUAUCUGGGGGUAUGCUACGUGCGAAGAGUAUCAGUUGAACAGAUUAGUAAAGAAGUUGAAGGACGAUGAGCAAUUCGAUGUUUCGUUGGUGUCGAAGGAGUUGUCGAAUGUGAUCACCGUUAAACCGUUGAUUAAGUUUGGCACCGAAGAUUUGCGAAGAGCGUUCGUGUUCGGCGAGGGAGUGAUCAUCUUUUGGGACUUCACCCUGUCGGAGCGCACAGCGCUGCUUGAGUACAUCAAACCGUUCGAGGAAAGCGGCUACGACCAGGCCCUGGUACAGAAGGAGGAAGAGACCCUCAAGUACUGUGUCACAUCGGAAUCAAAGAGCGAGUUCGUUGGCGAAACGUUCUGCCUGAAGUUGAGGUCGCCAGAGCAGGAACAAAUGGACAUGUUCGCGGUGUCGAAUGCCGUGGCAGUGAGCGUCAAGGUACGUUGUCUGGUUGUCGAGCGGUUUACUAUAACUUAUGACCAUAAACUUAAUAUAGAACUUGUCUAUCGAUUGGAAAGUGGUAAUUCUUGA